AUGGUCGAUUCGAUCUCUUCCAGCUGUGAAACGAAAGACGACUGGGCACCCAUAGAACUCAGCACCUGGCGAGUCUUUCGAGAUAAAGCAUGGGUGACGCAAAAAGUCUUCGAACACCGCCUUCCAGGCUCUGGUACUGACGCAGACCCAUAUCUUGUGGAAUGGCUACCCUGCGACGUCCGAAAUCCCAUGAACUUCUCACAACGUCGGAAAUGGACUUUAGCAUGGAUAGGCGCCUUUACGGUUUUCGGCGUGUCGUUCUCAUCUUCUGGAGACACGGGAGGCAUACUCAGUCAAAUGGUUGAGUGGGGGCUGUCCAAUACCCUGGCACUGCUUCCCAUUUCGUUCUUCGUGCUGGGAUUUGCCAUCGGACCAGUAUUUUGGGCCCCUUUGAGUGAGAUUUAUGGCAGGCAGGCCAUUUUCCUCCUCACCUAUGUCACCUACACAGUCUUUGAUGCUGGCUGCAUUGGAGCGCAGACGAUCACUCAGCUGGUUGUGUUAAGAUUCAUUGCGGGAUUAUGUGGAAGUGCCCAACUUACAAAUUCUGGGGGAAUCAUCGCAGACAUGUUUUCUGCUGCCGAGCGAGGCAAAGCACAAAGUGUUUUCGCAUGUGCACCUUUCAUGGGCCCUGUUUUGGGCCCAGUCGUGGGAGGAUACCUUGGUCUGCCGUUAUCGUGGAGAUGGAUUCACGUACUCAUUACUUGCUUGGCAACUUGCCUUCUAUUCGCAGGCUCUAUUAUCCCGGAAACGUACGCCCCAGUCUUGCUUCAGCACCGUGCAAGAGCGCUAUCUAAGAGAACCGGGAAAGUCUAUGUCACUCGACUCGACCAUCUCCAAGGGCCCAAAUCAUUGCCAGCUAUUCUGAAAAUUGCUUUGGCACGACCAUGGGUUUUACUGUUCAAAGAGCCUAUUGUCCUCAUCAUGUCUACAUACAUGGCAAUCUUCUACGGGACAAUGUAUAUGUUUUUCGGAGCCUUUCCAAUCGUGUUCGAGGAGCUGCGUGGAUGGAGUCAGGGAGUCAGCGGACUCGCAUUCUUCGGACAGACGGUUGGCAUGGCCUUUGCUUUGUUAUAUAUGAGGUGGGAGAACACGCGCUACGUUCGAAUCGCAGACGCCUCGCCGCAUGGUCGGGCGCCAGCAGAAGCCCGACUUCUGCCCUGCAUGAUCGCCGCAAUUGCGACUCCCAUAGGCCUCUUUCUGUUCGCCUGGACGAACGGGAAAACGAUGCCUUGGAUUCUCCCCGUCAUUGGAAGCGGCAUCUUCGGGUUUGGCAACGUCCUCCUGAGUUUAGGUUGCGUCAACUACCUCAUCGAUGCCUACGUCAUCUACGCUGCGUCCGUUAUGGCUGCCACGGCAAUGCUGCGAUCAGUCCUAGGAGCUACGUUUCCAUUGUUCACGGCCACCAUGUAUAACCAUCUUGGCAUUCACUGGGCGUCAAGUAUCCCCGCAUUCUUGGCGCUGAUUUGUAUGCCGUUCCCCUUCAUCUUUGCUCGAUACGGAGCCGCAAUUCGAAGCCAGUGCGAAUAUGCUGCCGAAGCUCAGAAAGCGUUGGAUGAGAUGCUGAAAACGAGUGGAGAAGGCGAGAAUAUCACGGACUUGGAAUUGAUUCAGGAGGAAGCAAAGCUGGACCUGGAUAGGCGUACCACGGUGAAAACAGUACACACUAUAGCUGUUUAGCAGAAGCAAAAAGCUCAUAUCUACUUUAUAAACCACCCAUUUCGCAUGUAAUUGCAUAAAAUAAUACCGGAGAACCAAAAAACAAUAGGCUUCAAUUCUCAGUACUUCCUUGGGCCGAACACAGAAGCCGAAGCCGUCGGCUAGGAUCCCGACGUCAACCACAUAGUGAAAGGGUAGGAAUUACGUAAUAAAACACAAUGUAACG